UUGGACGUCGCGAGCGUCGUCCAUUUUGUGUUUUUAUUUUUUUUUAUUUAUAAUCUGUGCUGCAUCGGUAUUGUGCAAAGAAUUUUCGGAGGGAAAAAAUUGUGUUUUGUGUUGAUUUUUCCAAAAAACAGUGCGUUUAUGGAAUUUUUUGUGCAUGUAAUAUAAUGUGAAGGCUGUAAGUUACGCGACAGAUACAAAUAAAACAAAAAACUGAAAAGUGAUGUAAAUAUAAUAUAUCAAAAUGUCAGAAAAAGAGGAACAUAAGGAAGGCCCCGUUACGGCUGAAGAUCUGCCCAUGACAUUUCAAGUGAAAUACUUAGGCCAGAGUGACGCACGUGGACUAUGGGGCAUCAAGCACACGAGAAAACCUGUCGACCUCAUGGUAUCUGCAGCUAAGGCAUUACCUCCAGGUCAAGCCCUGCCCAUAGUGAAACUUAUGAUAGCACUAGACGGAGUCCACCUGGAACCAGUAUCCCACGGAACAAAAACUGACGAGUUUGACCAAAUGUCGGUCUUCUUCAACAUCGAGUCCAUAUCCUAUGGAGUACAGGACCUGGUCUACACAAGGGUGUUCUCCAUGAUCAUCGUCAAAGACACUGCUGAUGUUAAGGGUCUCAAUCCCUUUGAAUGUCAUGGCUUUGUUUGUGAGUCCAGAAACGCAGCAAGACGUUUGACUUACGCGCUAGCAGCGGCUUUCCAAGAUUAUUCUAGAAGAGUCAAGGCGCUGCAGGCAAACUCUGAAUAUGAGGAGCCAGCUCCCACGAAGAAGAGGUUUGCAAUAGACCUGCGCACUCCAGAGGAAAUAGAGGCAGACUUGGAGACGGAGGCGUAGUAACUGAUAACUAUUUAUAUAUACAUCUGUAGUUGAAUGAACUGGGCAAGCCAUAUAGAAUAAUUGAUGUGUUAUUUUUUACUAGCUUUUACCCGCGGCUUCGCUCGCGUCACAAAAGGAUAAAAAGCCAAUGUGUCAUAUAC